AACAGAAAGUUUAUUUUGAAUAAUCGUUAGAGGAACAUGACAUGACUGUUCUUAUUGCUUAAAUUUUAACAACGUUGCAUUCUCACUAAUUAGUUGACCAAUAAUUAUGAUACUCUUUUUUUUGGUAGAAAGAGCUAAAAGAAACAAAACAGAUAAAAAACUACUACUGCAGCCUUAGGAAAAUAGUUCCCAUGCAAUCACCUAACAACACAAGAGCAAGACCACCUGGAGGCCUAUCCCAAACUCAUAAAGAGAAGGAGGAUCCACAACCCCAAGUUUGGCUAAAAAAAUCUGCUACUACAUUCCCUUCAUGAAGCAAAUGAGAGCAAGGCACAACCCAAUCACGCCUAAUCAUAUCAACCUCUUUAAUUUGAGAAAUAAUUGAGGUAUAACAGUGAAACACAGGAUGAUCCUCCAUCAAAAGCCCCAAAGAUAACUUCGAAUUAGAAAAUAACUCAAUAUUGCGAAAUCCACGCCGUCAACAAAUCUUCAAGCCAUGCAUCAUUGCUAAAAGCUCUGCGUGAAGACUAUGCGAAACACAAACAUGCCUAGCAAAACCAGCAAGCCAAGUCCUAUACUCUCUUUAAUAUAACUCAACAUUAAAUAAAUGUGUUUCUGUCAAAUUAUAAUGCAUACAACAUACCCCUUAAACAACAAUAGUUUAACACAUUAUGCUGCAACAAGCUACUCUACCAUUUUCGUACCUUGGAUUUUCUCCCUUAUGUACUUUAUGGACCACCACUUUUUUAACACAUUAAUUAAUCAUAUAUGGAAGAGUAGAAUACUUUUUGCUAGAUUAUUGUUAAAGGUCUUAUAUUUAGGAACUAGAAAAUUUUAAAACUAGGUCUUAUAAUUAGGAACGGAGGGAGUAACAAACAAACUAUACAAAACUCUCAGUCUCUUUUGAAAACCGAAACAGAAUAGAGACACAUGCCUCCCCCUCUGUCCAUUCGCCACGUUCACCACAGAAAUCAUUAUUGUAAAACACUAAGGUGCGCACUGCGCAUCCCAUCCUAUGUUUUCUACCUUCUCAUUUCUCUCUCUCUGAAGAACAAAGAGAACAAGCUUCAAACUUUCCAGAAUCAGAGUCAAUUUUUCUCAAAAUCAACCUCAUUUUUGCAUACCCUUUGGAGUGUUUGUUCGUGUAGCUGAUACUUUGGAGCUGAAGCUGAGUUUUUUCUUCUGUUGGGAAUGGCGGUUGGUCUUCUUCUGUGGCUGUUACUGGCUAAAGGUCUUGCCAUGGAGGGUGAAGCUGCGGUCACAUUUUCUUCCAGGCUUGUUCAUCGUUUCUCUGAGGAGGCUAAGGUUCAUUUGGCUUCAAGGGGCAAUGGUGCUGCGCUUCAAUCAUGGCCUAACAAAAGCACCUCUGAGUAUUUCAGGUUGCUUCUGAACAGUGACCUUACACGCCAGAGGAUGAAGCUUGGUUCGCAAUAUGAAUCUAUGUAUCCUUCUAAGGGAGGCCAAACCUUCUUCUUUGGCAAUGAGUGGAAUUGGUUGCAUUACACAUGGAUUGAUAUAGGGACUCCAAAUGUUUCAUUUCUUGUUGCAUUGGACACUGGGAGUGAUCUGCUUUGGCUCCCUUGUGACUGCAUAGAAUGUGCUCCCUUGUCAGCUGGUCACUAUGAUGUGUUGGAUAGGGAUCUGAAUCAGUAUAGCCCAUCAUUGUCGAGUACCAGCAGACAUCUACCUUGCAGUCACCAGCUGUGUACUCGAGGUUACGAUUGCAAAGGUUCUAAAGAUCCUUGCCCUUAUAAUUAUCAGUAUAACACAGACAAUACCUCAAGUUCUGGAUUUCUUAUUGAAGACAAACUACAUUUGACAUCCAAUAGCAGACACACAGCAGAAAAAUCUGUGCCAGCUUCUAUAAUUUUAGGUUGUGGCAGGAAACAAAGUGGUGGCUAUUUAGAUGGAGCUGCUCCUGAUGGUGUUUUGGGGCUUGGACCUGGAAGCAUUUCAGUCCCGAGUUUGCUGGCAGAGGAAGGACUUAUUCGGAAUUCUUUCUCAAUUUGUCUUAAUGAUGAUGAGUCUGGGAGAAUUCUCUUUGGUGAUCAAGGGCAUGUCACCCAACAAUCUACUCAAUUCUUGCCUGUAGAUGGAGAAUUUAUUGACUAUAUUGUUGGAGUAGAGAGGUUCUGUGUUGGGAGUUUCUGUCUCAAGGGAACUGGAUUUCAAGCACUUAUUGACAGUGGAGCUUCUUUCACAUAUCUUCCCCAUGACAUUUAUAAAAAAGUUGUAAUGGAGUUUGACAAACAAGUAAAUGCAACCAGGGAAACUUUCCAACAAUUACCAUGGGAAUACUGCUACGAUGCCAGUUCACAGGAGGUGGUUAACACUCCACCGAUUAAACUGACUUUCUCUAAGAAUCAAACUUUUUUAAUUCGCAACCCAUUGUCUACUUUUUCAAUCAAUGAGGAAUAUACUGCCAUGUGUUUGACUGUGUACAAUUCUAAGGAUGACUAUGUUACCAUUGGACAAAACUACUUGAGGGGUUAUCGCCUGGUCUUCGACAGGGAGAAUCUACGGUUUGGCUGGUCUAGAUCCAAUUGUGAAGAUAGUGUAGGAGUUAGAGUAAAUUCCACAUCACCGUCGCCGAGCACUUUACCAGCGAAUCAGCAGCAGAGCCCUCCUAAUACUCAUUCUGUGCCACCGGCUAUUGCUGGACACACUUCCCCCAAACCGUCCACGGCUACACCUGGUUUUACCUCUUGGCAUUUGUUAAAUUCAUUGUCUCUGAUAUGCCUCCUUUUGUACUGGUUAUGUGGUUAAGUCUAUCUAAUCUACUUGUAAAUUUUUCUCCAAUCUAAACUAGACAAUCAUGGGGUUUGCUUUUUCAUCUUUUUAGGCUGUUGUAUCUAUUUAGGUUCGUAAGAUAAUUUUCCCUUUGUUGUUCUUUUGGUAUGUAGGCCUUUUCCAAUUUUCUUUUCUAUGCAUCAUCCAAUUCUGUAAGCGCAAUCCCCCUACCCCCUAUUCCUAUACCCUAAUGGCAGAUAAGCUUUUUGUUAGGAUCUUAUAUUAUAUGGUUAGUUUUUUGUUAGAA